GAUUGAAAAUAUAUUUUUUACCAUGAACCCUGAAGUAUAUCCGAUCGAACUGACAGUAGAUCGAACGGCUGUCGCAGAUAUUCUACGUGGAAUAUUACAUACUAUACUGUUUUAUCGUGUAUUUGGAAAUAUUAAACCGAAAGAAGUGGAUGUAUUAGAUAUCACAUAUUCUGCCAUAGAUGACCCAGAAAUUGAAAAAAAAGUUGAUGAUAAUGUAGAUCAAUUUAUGCGUAUCUUAGAAACCCAAGGAAAUCAAAAAGGACAAAUUGCUGUAAUGUUUCAUGAAAAAAGAACAAAAAAAGCUUGGUUUUCUAAAUCAGAAGAAGAAAUAUGUUGGGAACAAUGGGCUGUUACCAUAAACACUGUUAUAUGUCGAACUGAUGGCGAAACAUUAAGAAUUCGAAAAGAAAUGAGCGCUCAAUUAACAACAUGUUUUUUAAACAUUAUACGUUUCAUUAAUGAUAAAAAAGAUCAUAUACCUCCUAUCACAACUUUAGAGGCUAAUCCGUUUCCCUUUCAAAUUGUUAUUCCUUCUACAACAGAUACUUGGGGUACAAUGUUAAAAAGAAUGUUAGCAGAUCCAUCACAACAAAUUUAAUUAAUAACAUUAAAAGAACCAUAAUUUAUUAAUAGUAAUCUUGAAAUAUUAAAUAUUAUUUAUUUAUUUAUUAAAAAAAAUAAAAUAAAUCAAUAGAAACAGGCAAGAAAGUAAAAAAUUAUACAUUAAUUCUCAAAAAUUAAUGCUAUAUUAAAAUUUAAUAGUGUUAAAAAUGUUUUGACUUUUAAUUCACAAAAUUAGCAUUUAUGAGAUUUGGAGUAUUAUAACUAUUGAACAAAAU